GAUCUACAAACUACAGAGACGACUUCAAGAACCCUCCUUGGAAACUCCGCCAUUUUGGUUUGGUCCCAACAAUAUAUAUAUAUAUUACGAUGAUGAUUUGACGCACAGAUCUCGUGAUUCCAAGCGGAUCUCCGUCGCCAUUAAUAUGGACGAAGAAACUCUGACAACAAAACCUCUGAAGCAGAGGCGGCUCCGGAAGCCUAACGGUCUUUUCGACGGCGGAGAUCGUACGAGGAAGGAGGCGGACGGCGGGCGGAAGCCGAUGCCGAUGGGGUACGGGUCGAUGCUGGAGACGGCGUCGUUCGUGAAGUGGAGAUCUAGGGACGUGUUGGGUGUGGCGCGGCACCAUCCGAUACCGUGCGUAUUCGCGGCCGGGCUGCUGUUCUUCAUGGGCGUGGAGUACACGCUCCGCAUGAUCCCGCCGUCUUCUCCGCCGUUCGAUCUGGGUUUCGUGGCCACCCGACCCCUCCACCGGCUCCUCGCCGCCAAGCCCGCCGUGAACAGCCUUCUCGCCGGCCUCAACACUGUAUUUGUGGGGAUGCAAACGAGUUACAUACUGUGGACGUGGUUGGUGGAGGGGCGGCCGAGGGCGACGAUAUCUGCGCUCUUCAUGUUCACUUUCAGAGGGAUUCUUGGCUACUCCACCCAGCUUCCUUUGCCUCAGGGGUUCCUGAGCUCCGGCGUGGACUUCCCGGUGGGGAAUGUAUCGUUUUUCUUGUUCUAUUCCGGCCACGUCGCCGCAUCGGUGAUCGCGUCGCUGGACAUGAGAAGAAUGCUGAGGUGGGAAAUGGCACGAACUUUCGACGCCCUCAAUGCCUUGCAAAUGGUGAGGCUUCUCAGCACGAGGGGCCACUACACCAUCGACUUGGCCGUCGGCCUCGGCGCCGGAGUUCUGUUCGAUUCUUUGGCCGGAAAGUAUGAAGAAAGCAAGAUCAUCAGACGGGCUGAAAAGAUUUCCAAGACGCUUUUUACUAAUGCCAAAGCCAAAUGAUGUUCUUGUAAUUUCAUAUAUAUAUUGACUAAAUUGUAAAUUAUGACUUAUUUCAAUUUAUUUUAAUUAA